AUGUCUCUUCCUCUGCGAUCAUUGCUGUCUUCUGGGCGCUAUACGCGUCCUCUGCUACCACGCGCAGUUUCAUCUCGUAGACCAGCGUCUUCUCUCUCCUAUGGUCCAAGUUUCAGCUCCAGAUUCGCUUCGACGGCUCCACCCCGUCACGUUUUCGCCGAUCCCUCCGUGGGUAUUGGUUGUCUCCCUUUAGCGCCUGAGGAAACACAGGCGGAGCGUGAGCUAUUCAACUCGCUACCAGAAUUCCAGGGCGCUGCACAGGUUCUUUUAGGCCAGGGAAGCGACGAGGCACGGCUUCUGCCCAACCACCUUCGCGCCGAGAAGGCUCUGCCCAAGCUCCAGCGCACGGUGGAGAUCUGUCGCUCAUCCAUGGGUUUCCACAGCGUGUAUCUCCAGGCAGCAUUGCGUCAUCUAGUGUCCACGCUCUUUAUGAAGGGCGACGUGGCCGAGGCCACAAAGAUCAUGCAGGAACGUGGAGACGUCAUGCAGUGGCCUAUGGCUGAGCACGAACGCAUGUUGCGUCUGCUGCUGCGCUCCAAUCUGCCCAAUGAGGCGAAAGCUUGGUGCAAGAAGGAAGAGUUCGCCAAUCAAUUCCCUAAGGAUGCGACGGUGCCGCUUAAGUGGACGUUGUACGAGCUCAUUGGCACGGAACUGAGUGGAGGCGCCGAGCAACUGGCCAAGGCUGUUGAGGAUCCGCUAUUCGUUCAAGCUGUGGAGACGCUGCGAGAGAAGAAAUAUGUGGUAUUGAAACACGAAGAAACCAGCAACUUGAAGGCCAGCGAGGUGCAGCUAGGACGCGAGAUUCCCUACUUGUUGGCGCAGUAUGCGUCACUGUCAGUGGCUAGCAGUCGAGCGCUGGAGAGAGAUCCCAAGGCGGACCCUAAGGCGCCUCCGACUGAUGCCCAGUUGGUGAGUUUGAACCAAGCUGAAGUGCUGUAUAAGGAGGCGCUGGAGUGGGUCGAGAAGAUUGCGGCUGAGGAAGGCAAGGACGCGCUGCUGGCUUCAGGACCGAACGCUCCGUUCGGAUCUUGGGUCGAGACGAACAUUGGAGAGCUGUUGCUGCGCAAGAACAAGCCUGAAGAGGCUAUGGAAUGGCUGGGCAAGGCUCUGAGCACCCUACAGGCUGAGCAGACUGGCGUUGGAGGCAGCGCACUUGCGAUGACUCGAGUUCUUGGCCAGAUCGCGAGAGGUAGCCAUGCCAUGGGUCAGGCUGUGACGAGUGAAGGUCUGUUUGUUACGGUAGUCGAGACGUUUGAGCGCGAGUCGAAGCUGUCUGCCACAGAUCGUGUCGAGUUUGCGCGCGUGCUGCGUGCGUAUGGUGAUCUGCUGGCCAACUGGGAGAAGCGCGAGGCCGGUGCUGCGAAACGGUAUGCGCAGGCCGAAAAGGUGGAGAAGGAGCUGGCAGAAAUGUGCAAGGCAAACCAGAGCACCGUCGCGUUGCACCCCAUUUUUUAUUUGCCGCUGUAA